GCUGGUGCUGGGGUAUAGUCCGGUGGUUGUUGUAGCCCAGCCGACCAGUCAGUGCCAUGCAUAACGCAUGAGAGAGUCACGUUUGAAACCUCGUCUCGUCCACCAUCUCUUUCCUUUUUUUCAGUUUCUCAUCCAUCGAAACAUUUUGAUUCUUACCCCAACAACAUAAACAACAACAACAACAAUUUCUAUUCCAUCCGGUGAACGUGUGUCUAGUGUCAUCUUCUAUUCCGCCGAGAUAUCCAUGGUGUAUCCAGUGUGAUUUCCGUGCCCAGUGUUACCCAAAAAAUUGUGCUGCUGUCCGUGAAAUCACGUUGGAUUACGUUCGUUUCGUUUCGUUUCGUUUAGUUGAUUGGAAAAAUUGAAAAAAAGUUUGUAAAAUUGCCGGAAAGUCAAUGGCUACGGCCACGUACCUCGGCCACCACCAGCAGCAGCCGACGGAUCACCACCAUCCGGCCCACCAUCACCACCACCACCAUUUGCAUCACCACGCACUAGUGGCCGCCGCUGCGGCCGCGGCCCAGCACCAACAGGAGCAAUCACAGCAACAACAGCAAGCAUCCAGCAGUAGCAGCAGCGCCGGAAUCAGAAUGAACUUGGUUAAUUCCACACAAAGUGGUGGCGGAGGUUAUCAAAGCGGAGGAGGUAACGGGUCCAGCUCGCCAGUGCAACAACAUCACAGGGAACAACACGGACAUGAAAUGAAGUACAUGGUGGCGGCGGCGGCGGCCGCCGCUGCUGGACACCCGGCGGCUUUGAUGUCGCACAAUCCUUGGUCGGAUGCCGGAAUCCAUCCGGGUGCGGCUGCCCAUCACUGGGCAUCUAUGCACUCGGUUCACGCUCACGCCACUUUGCAUCCGCACCAUCAGGACAUUAAACCGCAGGCCGGCGACCUGGUGGCCAUCCAGCACCACCGGGCCGGCAACAGCAACCAACAAUCGUCAUCUGCUUCCGGCCAUGGCGGAGGUGGUGGUUGGCAUUCGGCCGUUUCAGUCUCCUCGCCCUACAUGUCCUCCGGCGGCGGAUCGCCCAUCCAGCACCCCAACUACCCGUCCGUUUCUGGCGGAAUGAACGGUGGAAUGGGUCAAUUGCAUCCGCAUUCCGGUGGUGGUCAUCCGGGCCAGCACCACCACCACCACGGCGGAAUGGUCGGCCGAGGUCCCAGCGAAAGUUCCGGCGUCGGCAGUCCCUUAGGUCCACACGACCACGACCCACACGGACACCUGGACCAGCACGGCCAUCACCUGCACCACGGCCAGCAUUCCGGCGGCGGUGGUGGUCCCCACUCCGGCGCCGGAAGCGACAUGGGUGGCGACCCGUCGGAAGAAGAGAAUCCAACCUCCGACGACCUGGAAGCAUUCGCCAAACAAUUCAAACAGCGGCGGAUUAAACUGGGAUUCACCCAGGCCGACGUCGGGUUGGCCCUGGGCACCUUGUACGGCAACGUCUUCUCACAGACGACCAUCUGCCGGUUCGAGGCUCUACAGCUGAGCUUCAAGAACAUGUGCAAGUUGAAACCGCUGCUGCAAAAGUGGCUGGAAGAAGCGGAUUCGACGACCGGAUCGCCGACCAGCAUCGAUAAAAUCGCUGCCCAGGGACGGAAGCGCAAGAAGCGGACGUCGAUCGAGGUGUCGGUUAAAGGAGCCCUGGAACAGCAUUUUCAUAAGCAGCCAAAACCGUCUGCCCAGGAGAUCGCCUCGCUGGCCGAUUCGCUCCAGCUGGAAAAGGAAGUCGUCCGCGUUUGGUUCUGCAACCGGCGGCAAAAGGAAAAGCGGAUGACGCCGCCCAUGCCCAACGGACCCAAUUCAUCACCCCUCAGAGGGGGUAUGGGCGACUACCCUGGGAUGGACCAGCAGCAACAACAACAGCAACAACAUCACGUCGUGGGAGGAGGUUAUCUGCCGGGCCAUCCGCUUCAUUCGGAUCAUCUGAUCGGAUUGCACGGCGGCCACCCCUCGCCUGGGAUGAUGCAACAACAGCAGCAACAACAGCAACAACAACACGGUCACAGUCCGCCCAUGCUCUCACCCCAAUCUCUGCCCCCGUCGCAUUCCCAGUCGCUAACAGCCCAUUAAAAAAAUUGAAUUUUAUUUUUAUUUUUGCAAAAUUAAAAAAAUUAAAAUGAAAAAUCUUUUUUCGAUCAAAUUUUCUUUUGUCAUUUUCAAUAUAUUUAAUUCUUUAAUCUCUUCAAUUUAUAUAUCUCGCGCGCGCCGAGGGAGGGGAAUUCCCUGCGUGUUUUGAUUCUAUACGAAACAACAUCAAAAAAGCAAAAUUAAUUAUAUCCGCCAUUUUGUAUUUGAUCCCAACCCCCAACCCCCCUACUAGUGUGUGUGUGUGUUUGAAACGUUUGGCAUUUCGACACGCAAAUUGUACCAAAGUUUUUGCAAUCAGAAAGUUACAAAAAAACAAACACAAAGUUGAAGUGUCGUGUUGUUGGUGUCACAGCAGCAGCAACGAAAAAAUGAAUUAUUUUCUUCUUCCAUCAAACCCCCACUGCCGGAGGGCGGUCCAGCUUAUAGCCCAGCAGCGCGUGCUAUAAACAAGAUUAUAGACCGAACCCUCUUGUGUUUUUUGGGGUACAUCAUCCGAACAACAAAAAAUUCAAGUGAACAUCAAGAAGAAGAAGAAAACGAGUUGAGUUUUUCUGCACGGCCCAUCAUCGAAAAUGUUUGACCUAUCAUGACGUAAACAAAAUCGACUUGAAGCGACUAUAUAGGACUCUGAUGAAGAGCAAGAGGAAAUUUAAACUAAAUCAAUAUCGCGGUGUGUGUGUGAAUAUAUUCGAGCAAGAAUAUAUUUCGAAUAUCGACGUGCCAAAAAAUAAAAGAAUCAACUUUUUAAAUAUAUCUCGACACACACACAUUUCCUAUAUACAAAAUAUUUCCACCCCCAACAAAAUUUCGUUGUUUUUUCGGCUUUUAUGUCUGCAAAGGCGAGAAUCUCAUAUGUCGACACACGGCCUCUUAUAAUUCUAAACACAUAAUAGCGAAAUAUGGAAAAAAUAAAAAUUUCUCAUUCAAAAAUUUUGUUUUGGAAUAUUUCGUGAAAUUCAAAACAAAAUGAGACAACAAAAAAAAUGGGUUCGAACAAAAUGAUGUGAUUGUACGUGUGUGUGUGUGUGUGCAAAUGAAUUUUCACAAUUUUCGAAUAACUUUGUAAAAUUAAAUUUUUCCAACAUUUUUUUGGAUGGGAAAUCAAUUUCGAUGUAUCAAAAUUCCCCCAAUUCAUUUUUUCUCUCCCCCCGAAAAUUGUUUGUUUUUUUAAUUGUUUCGUUUCUUAUUGGUCAAAAAAAAAAAAAAUUCCCGAAUUUUGUAAUUUACGCAUUUCGGACGGACGGACUUUGAUUCAAAUCCCAGUGUGUGUAUGUGUGUGUGUGUGUGUGUGGACAACCCAGCAGGCCUUUAUAUAUCACAACCCGAUUGUUUGUUUGUUUGUUUUCCUCCCAGAAAAUCUUUCUUUUGCUAGUGUGUUUUUGUCGUGUUUCCAUUAAUUUUUUGGGGGGGUUGUAAUUGAAUUUUUAUAUUUGAAAUUAUUUUUUUCCCGCUGCUCUGUACACACACAAUCCCGCAAAAAUUAUUCCCCACAUUUUUUUCUGUUUUAAUUUCUCGACACACACACAGGCAGACACACACACCACACCUUCCUACUUUAUAUACGAUAAUGUUGUUGUACAGUGCGUAUCUCUCCUCCA